AUGUCUUCUGGUGUCGUUGCCGACCUCUUCUUCAUGCAAUCACCCGCUAAUGGCGAACGGGCAUAUAUCAAAAACAAUGCUGGCCCUGACGCGAGAAACAAUCGAAACUACAUCCUGGAGCCAAAAACCGUGACCGUCGAAAAUUAUCGGACAAAGCUGAACUCAGAAUCCAUUACUCUCGAUACUGCUGGAUUCCAACUCUUCUCCAAUCGUCCCACGCAAUUUAUCAAAGACGGGGAGGUGCAGGUUGAAGGAUACUAUGAUGAGAGCAUCGCGCUUUUGAAGGAGCUCACCGGAGCUAGUAAAGUAGUUAUAUUUGACCAUACUAUACGCCGUCGCCGCCCAGGUGAAUCUGGGGAUAAUCCAGAUAAACGUCAGCCGGCGGCUAUCGCCCAUGUCGACCAAACAUUCAAGGCGACCAUUGCUCGUGUCCAUCGUCACCUUCCCCCGGAAGACGCUCCUGGGCUGUUGGCCAAGCGUUUCCAGAUCAUCAAUCUCUGGAGACCGAUUGAGAACCCAGCGACCGACUGGCCUCUGGCGCUAUGCCAUUUCUCUAGCGUCGACCCAGAGAAGGACGUCGAGCCUAUCGAUUUGAUUUACCCUGACAGAAAGGGAGAGACAUACGGUGUUAAAUACAACGAACAUCAGAGGUGGGGUUACUUUAAGGAUAUGCGCGACCCGAUGAGUUUGUUCUCAUUAAAUGGUUUUAAUGAGUCUGUUCAAGACGGAAGCGUAGCUCUAUACACGCCCCAUACAGCCUUUGCUGAUCCUACCACCCCGGAAGGAACACCGUUCAGACAAUCCAUUGAGAUCAGAGCAUUGGUAUUCUAUGAUUAA